AUGAAAAAAAGAGAAACUCACUAUAAAGAGCGAGGCCAGCUGGCAGAAAGACGGUCUUUGGGGGUCUUAGAGAAAAACAGACACUUUUUAAAAAGAAGCAAGCUGGAAAAAGACCGGGAAGAAAAGAUACAGCAAAUUAAAAAGAAGGCUGCCAAUGCAAAUCCAGAUGAAUUUAAUCAUUUUAUGUACAACUAUAAGAGAAGUGGUGUGCGUCUAAUACGAAAGGAUAAGCAGUAUGAAAAAGAUAUGCCUGCAGAAGAAAUCGAAGAGAAGAAGGUUAGUAUGGAUAUGCCAAAGUCUGAGCACAUUAUAUUCAUUGAUUAG